UCACUUCAAUCUGGCAACCCCGAAGUGGAGGGUGAAGAGGAGGAGAGUCAGAGCACUGACUCACUCUUCUGUCAGCCCAGAAUGAGCUGGAUUCCCAGGAAAUAGAAUAUAAUAACUUAGGGAACUUGGGUCAGUGCACUUGACCGAACUUGGUCACAGCGACACUGGAGCGCUUUCUAUCCAACACUCACCACUGCAGUUCGCCUUCAGAGUCCCAGCAAACACAACAUUACCUGCAUUGACAUGCAUUCAAAUGACAGGGAGGAUCAUCAGCUGGCAUAAGUUCUAUCACAGAACAUCCUAAGUGCCUUAUACUGGAGCCAGGCCAAAUUCAUGGAGGCUGAAAAAAUGACAUGCCCUUUGUCCAAAAAUAGCUACCAGAAAAGUUCCUGCAAAAGGUUUAUUAUACAAGACUUUCAGCUGGAGAUCAAAGUGUAAAUGCACUGAUGCCCUUGGACAGCAGUUAGCUCAGCAUCUGAUAUUUAAAAUCGUGUUGCGGACCAUUGAAAGAGAUGCAGGGAUAAGACAAAGUAAAUCAGUGCAGUGUGCCAAUUCAUCAGACCCUCACCAAAUGAAGUUGAUUUUUAUUGCGGAGAACAUGACUCCAUGGAUUCAGAACUGCUCAAACUGUAGCCAAGCCCUGGUCAUGGAGCUGAACAUCACAAAGGCUAUUGUUCUGAGCUUUGUGCUAUCUAUUUUUGUUAUAUUUGGAGUACUGGGCAACAUCUUGGUCAUCCUGUCUGUGGCUUGCCACCGCAGCCUUCGGACGGUCACACAUUAUUUUAUUGUAAACCUGGCAGUGGCUGACCUCCUGUUGAGCUCCACCGUGCUUCCAUUCUCUGCCAUUUUUGAGAUGCUGGGCCGCUGGGUAUUCGGCAGAGUCUUCUGCGAUAUCUGGGCUGCCAUGGAUGUGCUUUGCUGCACGGCAUCUAUAAUGAGCCUGUGUGUUAUCUCUGUGGACCGCUACAUCGGAGUUAGUUAUCCACUACGCCACCCAGCCAUUGUGACUGAGAAGCGGGCGUUGUUGGCACUUAUGGGAAUUUGGGCUCUGUCCAUUACCAUCUCCAUUGGACCACUAUUUGGGUGGAAAGAGCCAGCACCAGAGAAUGAAUAUGUGUGUAAAAUCACAGAGGAACCUGGCUAUGCCAUUUUCUCUGCAGUGGGCUCUUUCUACCUCCCCCUGGUGGUUAUACUGGUUAUGUACUGUCGUGUAUAUGUGGUGGCCCGCAGGGAGACGUGCAGCCUUAGGAAAGGACACAAAACUGAGAAGGCACACCAUGCAGAAGCAGUGACGUUACGGAUACACAGAGGCAACACUUCUGUGGUGGAGGAGGAAACAUUGAGGAGUCGCACUCACUUCACAAUCCGCCUACUUAAGUUCUCCAGAGAGAAGAAGGCUGCAAAGACACUGGGCAUUGUGGUGGGGUGUUUUGUUCUCUGCUGGCUGCCAUUCUUCCUGGUUCUGCCCAUUGGAUCCAUCCUCCCGGCUUACCGGCCCUCAGACACUGUCUUCAAAAUCACCUUCUGGCUUGGGUACUUCAACAGCUGUAUCAACCCAAUCAUCUACCCGUGCUCCAGUCAGGAGUUUAAGAAAGCCUUUCUGAGUGUGCUGGGUGUUCACUGUCUGCGACGCAGCACCAGACCCACAUACCCACUGUGCCAGGGCCAUGCUGCCAGCCACACACAGUCAAAUCUGCUCUCAUUGGGCUCAGAGACUCGCAGCGAGCCUUCACAUCUCAGCCCGUCGUCCUCUGUGAUCCUGUCCUGUACACCCUCAUCUUCCCCAGUGGGGGGGUUAGGAGUCAGUGCUGGGGUCAGUGCUGGAGCGAAAGCAGCAGGGGUGUGCAGCAAGAACUUGGUGAGGAUGUGUUGUUGUGUUGGGGAAUUCUCAGCACGUACACAGCCUCCUGCAUGCCAUUCUCUGCCUGUUAUUAAGGUUCAUCAGCUUUCUCUUUGUGAGAAUGGUGAGGCAGUAUAAGCAACAGAAGCAAAACACUGUUUUGGAUAAAACCAUAUGCCUCAGAGUGUGACUCAUGCAAAUCCAGAUUGUUGGCAAAAAAUGUAGACAAUUUAAAAGAGACAAUGAUGUGCAUUCAUUCGGAGAGUUGGAUUAUGCCAAUUAAAAUUGUGCUGUGUAACAGAGGGAAAAGUUACCUUUAGUCGAUUUGAUUGGUAAGCUGUAUACAUUUGCACAGAAAGAAAAUACAUACUUUUGUAUUAAUGUUGAAAUUUCUAUUAAUUUUACAAGGUUAUAUAAUUGUCAGUGGACUUGAAUACAUGGCGUAUGCUUUAUUAAUGUGGUGUUUAUUACCUUACGUCAAUUCACUUUCAUUAGAUGCACAAAUUCAUAUGAUGUAUUUGGGAAUAAGGUGCAGUAAUAUACACAAAUACAAACAUUGUUGCCAUUGAAAUGCUUUUUCUUUCAGAUUUCUAAUUAAAACGAUUGGGAUACUGUAUAUGGAACACCUGAAAUAUGCUCCAGUCUUAUGAGUAUGUUUGGUUCUUAACAAGAAAAAGUAAUACAUACUCUGUUAUAAAAAGGUCCAAAUAUCAAGAGUCAUGUAAAAUGCUUGAUCAAAUAAGCUGAAAUUUUUCAUGCAUAUUGCCCCUAAUUGUUAUUCAUGUUAUUUAUCUGUAUAACUCAUUUAAAAACAUACAUUGGAACAUUCACAAGAACAGGUUUGCAUAUGUUACUUUUACUAUUGGUGGCGAGAGGUACUUUAAUAAGGCUGCAAACUAAACAUUAGCUUUAAAGAACAAAACAAAGUAAAAACUGUAAAUUACAAAGAGAUAGAUACCUAAUUGGCCGAGAUGCAUUUAAAGUUGUUUUAAAAACCUUUAAAUAUCAGUGACUGCAUUAAAUGCAUUAAAACCAAUUAAACUACAGCCAUUGUUCAUUGUCUAUAGAAUGCCCAAAUCUUUGCCCAUUAUAUUGCUUAUCUACCAAAGGAUACUGUUAACACACUACAUUGUGUUUCAGAAUUAAUUAUUGUGAAUAUUAUUCAUAAAAAAUAUAUAUUAUUGUUAUUAAAAACAGUGGCAUUUUUGUGAUUUGUGCUCACUCUUUUAUUUGUGUCAUUGUAAGCAAAAGAUACUGCUAGACAAUCACAUUUUUGAAUGUAAAUUCCAAAGAAAAAAAGGAAUGACUGGAAAUACUGACCUUUGUCAUUUUGUGUAACAUGCUUCAUAUUGUCACUUUUUGCACCACUGACUUUAUGUAAUUUUAGUUGGAGCUGUUGGAUAAUUAAUGAAAAAAUAAAACACACGU